GUUUGUAUGUCUCUGUAUGCCGGCUGCUGUCUCGUUGCCACCUGCAGGUGGUCGGGAACAUCUGUCUCCUCUGACGACAUCCCCAAUGCAUUGUAUGAGCUAUUUAAGCAGCAGAAUCCCAGACGCUGCACAGACGAGUCCAUCUAGAGGCGCUGCCUCUCGCUCCGUUCCCAGGAGAGUAAAUCCGAAUCUGAAGGCUCGCUGCUUCUUUCCUUAACCUGCCAGGGGACCAUGGCCUCAUUUCAGUGUUUGCUGGUACUUGCUGUUUGUAUGAAAGGUGAGUUGUGAGCGAGCUGGCGUUGGAUCAGUCCCAGGAACACCUACUCGUAGCUUCCUGCAUCUCAGGGGCCACAUUUAUUUAUCAUUAUAUAUGGUGCACAAUUUAUGGAAAACGAACAUUGGUAAUAAUACAGAGAGAAGGAAAUAGAAUUAGAAUUCUUGAGACAUAAGGAGAAGAGAACUGUGAGCUUCAGCCUCCUACAAGGUACUGUGCAAGAAAACCCGUGAGCUUACAAUCCAGAGGAUCCCUUAUCAUUGUAUGCAUUAACCCCCUAUGGUGGGACGGAGGGCUCCACACUUACUACCAGGGUGGGAGUUAUUUAUUAGAUGGGGGAGGUGGAUGAUUUAAUGCUUUAUUAUCUGGGAUAGUUAGAGGGUGAGCGUCUACAUAUCUGGGGGUCAGAUGAUACAGGUUCAAUGCAAUUUGUCUGCUGAUCCUCUUUAGUUCAUGGACAUACAAUGCGUUACCAGAGGAGAUGUCAGAGGAUGCCUUACUUGAGGGGGCUGUCAGAGGAUGCAUUUCCUGAGGGGGUGGCUCAGGUUGCAUUAUCUGAAUGGGGGUGUCAGAGCAUGCAUUACCUGCGUUUGGUGGAGGGGGGUCAAAGGAUGCAUUACCUGAGGGGGUGUCAGAGGAUGCAUUACCUGCUUUGGGGGAGAGGGGGGUCUCAGGAUGCAAGCCUUAUUACUUGGUUGAAUGAUCAGGGAACAAAUGCCUUUUUACUGAUGGUACAGAGGGCAUAGACCCUAUUCUAUAGGGAGGUCAGGGGCACAAGCUUUACAGGGGUAGUGGAUUCCUUAUUACCAGGGCUGGGGAGACACAGUUAGAGGAUACCUGCCUUCUAGCUUGAGAGCAGAAUAUCCCAUUUGCUGAAUUAUUUUUAUCAUCAUUGACACUAAUAGCUCUCCCUUGUCUUUCUGGUAUCAAUUCCCCAUAACCCUCCCAGUGUGUGGCAAUAAAUACCCCUUUAUCUUUUAUCCUUUCAGUGUUGGCUUUCCCCUUGUCCACACGGCUCUCUGAGGGAGAGGAGAAGGUAAGAACCACCAACCCACAACUGGAUACAGAGACAUAAGGUGUGGGUGUAUAUAGCGCUAGUAGAAUAUGGAGUGUGGGUGUAUCUCGCUGUAGAUAUGGGGUGUUGGGUAUAUCUCGCUGUAGAUAUGGGGUGUUGGGUGUAUCUCGCUGUAGAUAUGGAGUAUUGGAUGUAUCUCGCUGUAGAUAUGGGGUGUUGGGUGUAUCUCGCUGUAGAUAUGGGUUGUUGGGUGUAUCUCGCUGUAGAUAUGGAGUAUUGGAUGUAUCUCGCUGUAGAUGUGGGGUUUUGGGUGUAUCUCGCUGUAGAUAUGGGGUAUUGGGUGUAUCUCGCUGUAGAUAUGGGGUGUUGGGUGUAUCUUGCUGUAGAUGUGGGGUAUUGGGUGUAUCUCGCUGUAGAUAUGGGGUUUUGGGUGUAUCUCGCUGUAGAUAUGGGGUGUUGGGUGUAUCUCGCUGUAGAUAUGGGGUGUUGGGUGUAUCUCGCUGUAGAUGUGGGGUUUUGGGUGUAUCUCGCUGUAGAUAUGGGGUGUUGGGUGUAUCUCGCUGUAGAUAUGGGGUAUUGGGUGUAUCUCGCUGUAGAUAUGGGGUGUUGGGUGUAUCUUGCUGUAGAUGUGGGGUAUUGGGUGUAUCUCGCUGUAGAUAUGGGGUGUUGGGUGUAUCUCGCUGUAUAUAUGGGUUAUUGGGUGUAUCUCGCUGUAGAUAUGGGGUAUUGGGUGUAUCUUGCUGUAGAUAUGGGGUAUUCAUUGUAUCUCGCUGUAGAGAUGGGGUGUAUCUCACUAUAGAUAUGGGGUGUUGGGUGUAUCUCGCUGUAGAUGUGGGGUGUUGGGUGUAUCUCACUAUAGAUAUGGGGUGUUGGGUGUAUCUCGCUGUAGAUGUGGGGUGUUGGGUGUAUCUUGCUGUAGAUAUGGGGUUUUGGGUGUAUCUCGCUGUAGAUAUGGGGUUUUGGGUGUAUCUCGCUGUAGAUAUGGGGUAUUGGAUGUAUCUCGCUGUAGAUAUGGGGUUUUGGGUGUAUCUCGCUGUAGAUAUGGGGUAUUGGGUGUAUCUUGCUGUAGAUAUGGGGUAUUCAUUGUAUCUCGCUGUAGAGAUGGGGUGUAUCUCGCUGUAGAUAUGGGGUGUUGGGUGUAUCUUGCUGUAGUUAUGGGGUGUUGGGUGUAUCUCGCUGUAGAUAUGGGGUGUUGGUGUUGGGUAUAGCUCUAGCUCUGAAUCCAGCGUAGCUUUAUUGCACUUCAUUCAUUAUUCAUGCCUUUUAUUAAGUUACAUGUAUUAUGUAUGGCCUUUAUUAAAUUACAUUUAUUAUUCAUCAAUGUAGUAGAAUCUAUAUUAACUAUGCCGGUGCCAGGGGCUUGCAAAGAGCAUUAAGAACAGGGAGCUCUCCGGCUGUACUAUAAAUCUCACAAUCCUCAGACACCAUUUGUUGAAUCCAAUAGGUCCAGUAUUAUAUUUAUUAUCUCAGACUGAACCCAUUCUGAAUGACAAGUUUAAAAUGUUUAGGGCUAUUACAACUACAAUAACUAACAGCAUGGGACGCCACAGGUGACAUUGUCCUACCUAUUUGAAGUCUUAAAUAGAAUUACAGUUUAUGUGGGAAUACAUUGUAGGUAAAUAGUUUCUUACCAAAGUUAACACCAAAACCAGUUACAGUUUAUAUAAAUAAACCUCACGAAUACUUUCUAGCAGGUAUCUCCCUGCUCCCAUCCCCUCCGCGAUGUCAAUGUAUUAAUAUUUAUUAUUAUCUGUAAACAAGCCCUAAUGUGUCCUGUCCCCCAUUAAAGGAGUUUAACUUCGAGGUAAAACUCUCGACUGUGCUCCAAAAUAUUCCAUCGUUUUAUCAGUGCUCGGUAAUAUGUUAAUCCUUUAUAAAUAAUCAAGAAAAGUUACUAUUUACUACCUACUUUCGAUUGCUGAUUAAAUAGUGACUCUUUUAUAAAAAAAUAUUCAGCGGGUUAGCAUUUUAGGGAUUAUAAGGUAUCCCGGUCUAACAAUACUUGAAACUACUUUGAAAAUAUUAGCUGAGAGGUGCAAAUACUGUAUUUGUAGCACACCGUUAGUGCGACAAAUUAAUCUAUAAAAAUAGUCAAGUAAUUAUAAAUAAAUUCCAUAAAGAACUGCAGCUAAUCGAUCACUAUGUGUUGUAGGUAACAAGAUGCAUUCUGGAAGUUCUGGCAGAGUCUCUGUCCAAACCCCACGCAGAGCAAGUGAGCGGAGAUUGUCUCAGGAUCCUUAAAGAAGGUAAUAGUUAUGGGUACCUGCAGUGCCAGGAAAACGGAUUGUUUUCCUGGCACUGGAGUUUUCCUUUAAGGUUUCCACAAUACAGAAAAUGUUGUGUGUGAGGUUGAAACAGUUGACAAACAGUGUACAGCCAGUUGGAUAUAUAUGAUAUGUAGCCAGGGUGUUUGCUAAUGGUCCUUGUGUUUUCCAGAUGAACGGGUCAUAUCGAUGCUACGUCAUCAACAUUUGCUACGAGAAUUGGAGGAGUUAGCUCAUAAAGGUAUUUCUGUAGGAUAACAAUAAAUCUAUAUCUUAUCAAUCAGUUCUCUGUUGCAUCGCCCCCCCAAUUCCAAGUGAAUCUGCCACCAUACCACCCCAUCAACAACCUAACCUAACUUCUGCACCCCAUCUACACCUCUGCCACAAUCUUCUCUCUGUCUCACCAAAACAAACCUACCUACCAUUAAUGCACAUAUCAAAAGAGUCUCUGUAUCUUUCCUCUUCUGUCUGCCCUCUUUAACCUACUGCACCCAACCCAAUACACCUAACCCCUUCAUAUCUCCUACUAAAUACACUAUCAGAUACACCAUCUAAUCUGCUUCCAACCACCACCACCCUGUCUGCCCAAUGAAGAGCACUAUAUUAAACAAGGUCUUUCCCAUUUUUUUUCAAUUUUAGAAAAGUCUGGACACAUGGAGCAGGAGAGUAUGGACACUAGUGAGGAAGAUGAGUUGAGGAAGAGAGCAAAGGAACAGAGUAAGAGAGGACCAGCUGCCAAGAGAGGUUCUGAGAGUGAAGAAUCCAGAGAGCGUCAGGAAACAAAGGAGAUUGAGAAGAUGGAGAAGGUGGAGAUAAAGGAGAAAGAGCGGGGGGAAUCAGCAGAAGGCAAAAAAAAUGAAAUGCUUGAGGAAGAUAAAGAGAAAAGAAGCACAGCAGAAAAAAGAGGGAAGGAAGAAAGAAACUCCGAGAAGAAGAGGAGCGGUGAGGGAAGCCCAAAAAGAAAUCCCAGUAAGAGAUUCAAUGAUGAGGAGGUGGAGGACAGCUCAGAAGAGCAUGAGGAUGAGCAAGGGUUCCACGGAAACAACCAUGGAUGGUACCACAGCAACCAUGAUGAUUGGGAGGAGAGGAAGCGAGGAUCAGCAAAGAGAAUGGCAGAAGAUCCCAGUGAAGAAGAGACCGCACAAUUUGAGACUGAAGACAAAGGUAUUAAAUACUUCAAUUCCAAGACUCACAUGCAAGGCCACCAUGGAGAAGGGAAAAGAUACAUGCAUUAUCCUGAGGAAGGUGAGGUGGCCAGAGAGAGGAGCCAUCAUGGACCAGAGGAGGGUGAAAGGUAUUACCACAAUGGGAGGCCUGAAAAUCAGGAGGAGCAAGAGGAAGAGAGAGAGCUGAAGGAGAUGGAGGAACGAGAGGAACACAAAGCUGAGGUGAGAAGGUGGUAGGGUUAUUUUGAAUUAUUUGUGAAUAACCACAUAGUAGGGUAAUACCAAAAACGUAUUGCUCAGUCAGUAAUAGAAGGGGUUAUAGCGGUAGUAGUUAUGGCGCCAGGGGUGACCUCGAGCCCUCCCAUGCAAUUAGUUUAACCAUUUGCUAAGAAUUUGACAACUUACCUAGGCUCUGCUGGCCAUUUGUCACUUCCUCAAUAUUGUUGAAUGCGUAAGGCAGUGGCUGAGUGACAGGCAACAGAGGGUUGUAGUCAAUGGAGUAUAUUCGAAGCUUGGGCUUCUCACCAGUGGGGUACCUCAGGGAUCUGUACUUGGACCCAUUCUCUUUAAUAUUUUCAUUAGUGAUAUUGCAGAAGGUCUUGAUGGUAAGGUAUGUCUUUUUGCUGAUGAUACUAAGUUAUGUAACAGGGUUGAUGUUUCAGGAGGGAUAAGCCAAAUGGCAAAUGGCAAAUGAUUUAGGUAAACUAGAAAAAUGGUCAGAGAUUAUUUCUGAUGACUUAAAGGUAGGCAGACAAUAUAAUAGAGCAGCAGGAAAUGCUAGCAGAAUGCUUGGUUGUAUAGGGAAAGAUAUUAUCAGUAGAAAGAGGGAAGUGCUCAUGCCAUUGUACAGAACACUGGUGAGACCUCACUUGGAGUAUUGUACACAGUACUGAAGACCGUAUCUUCAGAAGGAUAUUGAUACUUUAGAGAGAGUUCAGAGAAGGGCUACGAAACUGGUUCAUGGAUUGCAAGAUAAAACUUACCAGGAAAGGUUAAAGGAUCUUAACGUGUAUAGCUUGGAGGAAAGACGAGACGGGGGAAUAUGAUAGAAACAUUUAAAUACAUAAAGGGAAUCAACACAGUAAAGGAGGAGACUAUAUUUAAAAGAAGAAAAACUACCACAACAAGAGGUCUUAAAUUAGAGGGGCAAAAGUUUAACAAUAAUAUCAGGAAGUAUUACUUUACUGAGAGGGUAGUGGAUGCAUGGAAUAACCUUCCAGCUGAAGUGGUAGAGGUUAACACUGUUACAAAAGACUGAAACUAACUAUGUUACUGUUUGCUAACCGAUGGAUACUGUUUGUCCCUGGCUAAGUUUAAAGCGAAAAGACGCAUGAACGGAUUAUCCGAACCAUUAUAAAGGACUCAUUCGUGGUACGAACAGGGCACCCCCCAGAAUUGGCGUGUGCCGCCACUUAACCCCGUCACCCCGCAAACUGCCGAACGCUCGACCCCCCAGCCAGCGGCGUGUGGCCGCCAUUAACCACCCAGGCAGCUGCGGUUUGCGGUUAACCACAAUGUAACUAAUAAGCCUGGGGGCAUCGACGUUCGCCUCGAAAUACCGAACGGAAUCUACCGAACUAACAACCGAACGACGACCCCCUACCGUGGGCCGCGUGGCGGUCAUUAACUUGUGGUUUCUGCGGUUAACCGCAGGUCAAGUACCCUGCUACCAGAUGGCCCCAUUCCCUUACCGAACGAUCCCCACUACCAGACAAACAGCGGGACUUCGCAUGAACUGAUACCGAGUUUAGUUCCAGGAGUUAGACACGAAGUCCCGCUGCUCGCUAAAUCAGCAGAAAACAUGGCCGCCAACAAACGCUCACAAUCUCAAAAUGCCGAACGGACUUUAUACAGCAGGAACAGUCCAUUCUGUUCGUGAGAUUAGAGCGCCAUUCGCCUGUUUCAUCUAUACGAACGCGAGCCUUCAGCUGAAUGGUAGAAUGAAUGGUUUUCCGAUAAUAAUGUACAAGUUAUGGAUUUUUAUACAGUUUUCUGGGACAUAAUAAAACGUGGUCUUUUGUGCGCUUGGAGAUAAUUAGAUUGUAAAACCGUUGGCCUCAUUAUCUCCAAGCUGGGCGUGUAAUAAUUCAAAUAAUAUGGUGUACUGUGAUUGGUUACCUGUUUGUACUGUACCUGUAUUCCAUCAGGUCCACAGGGGGCUGUCCUUGGACCUGAGGAAUUACAUAAAUCGCCAUGCUAUGUGCCAGAAAAGCCAGUUCGUUUUUGACCCUCAACUUGCAGCCUCGACUCAUGUUGUAGGGAUCCGGGAUAUUGAUGCUUAUUUCGUGCUUGGGGAUAUUCUACACUUGCAGCUUGCUACCGAAGGACCUCCGUUCGACUCUCUACAGCGGGAACCAGGACAUCCAAGCGAUCAACCCUCCUGCUAGACCGGGGGCAAUCGUAACAAACACAGUAAAGGAGUUUAAGCUUGUGGGAUAGGGAUAAGGCUACCCUAACUAUAAGAUAAGGCCAGGGACUAAUGAAAGUAUUUAGAAAAUUGGGCAGACUAGAUGGGCCGAAUGCUUCUUAUCUGCCGUCACAUUCUAUGUUUCUAUGUUUCUCAUUCACAGCCUGAAACUCAUGCUAUAGUGGUUAUAGUACUUUGAGUGUUUCUUUAAAGGACCACUAUAGUGCCAGGAAACCAUACUUGUUUUCCUGGCACUAUAGUGCCCUGAGGGUGCCCCCACCCUCAGGAUCCCCCUCCAGCCGGGCUGGAUGGAGAGGAAGGGGUUAAACUUACCUCUUUCUCCAGCGCCGGGGGGUGGAGGAGCUCUCCUCCUCCUCUUCAGCUGAAUGCGCAUGCGCGGCAGGAGCUGCGCGCGCAUUCAGCCAGUCUCAUAGGACGCUUGCGUCUUCUCACUGUGAUUUUCACAGUGAGAAGCACGCAAGCGCCUCUAGCGGCUGUCAAGAGACAGCCACUAGAGGCUGGAUUAACUCUAUUAUAAACAUAGCAGUUUCUCUGAAACUGCUAUGUUUAUUUAAAAAAAGGGUUAACCCUAGCUGGACCAGGCACCCAGACUACUUCAUUAAAGGACCACUAUAGUGCCAGGAAAACAUACUCGUUUUCCUGGCACUAUAGUGCCCUGAGGGUGCCGCCACCCUCAGGGUCCCCCUCCCGCCCGGCUCUGGAAGGGGGAAAGGGGUAAAACUCACCUUUUUCCAGCGCUGGGCGGGGAGCUCUCCUCCUCCGAUCCUCCUUCUCUCAUCCCCGUCGGCUGAAUGCGCACGCGCGGCAAGAGCUGCGUGCACAUUCAGCCGGUCGCAUAGGAAAGCAUUAUCAAUGCUUUCCUAUGGACACUGGCAUGCUCUCACUGUGAAAAUCACAGUGAGAAUCACGCAAGCGCCUCUAGCGGCUGUCAAUGAGACAGCCGCUAGAGGGAAUGGGGGAAGGCUUAACCCAUUCAUAAACAUAGCAGUUUCUUUGAAACUGCUAUGUUUAUAAAAAAAUGGGUUAACCCUAGCUGGACCUGGCACCCAGACCACUUCAUUAAGCUGAAGUGGUCUGGGUGCCUAGAGUGGUCCUUUAAAGAACCUGGCUAACUGAAUGAUAAUUGUCACCGCCAUUGUCAGCAUGACUCAGUCAUAACUUUUCCAAUAAAAACAGUCCACAAAACACACCAGUAACUGGACACAAUCUGGUGGCAGCUUAUUAGAGGGUCAUUGAUACAACGUUCCAUCAAGCAUUGGUAGCUCACAUAUAACUGGCUGGAUUCACUUCCAGACACUCCUAUAGCAUCGAAGAACCCCCAGAGACCCCAAGUCAUACUAGACAAUAGAGAAUCAAUAUUAUUAUUAUUUGCUUUGUUUUAUUAUUGUGCAGGAUGUAAUACACUGUCUAUGAGUGUAUUAACCCUUAACCACCCCGAUAACCCUCCAUUGGACCAUUUCACAAUACAAUACAAUGUGUUGUUAACACAGCCCAUUAACUCUUAAUCUGUGUCCAUAGACACCAGAAUGACCAGCUUACAAUGGGUGGGCCUCUCCUGCUUUACGAUUGGCUGGCUUCAUACUCUGCCACUGGUCCUGCUGUUUAGAUGCGCAGUGAAAGAAGUACAGCAUUGUGGGAUAUGUUACUUGAUCUAGAAUGUAUUAUGUCUGUUUCCUGUAAUAAAGACACUGUUUCGAUAUGUGGAAUUAAAUGGUUUAUUUGAUAUCAUGGAAUAAGCUCUGGUGCGCAAGAAGUCAUGGAAGUACCAAAAGUUAAAACAGUAUGUCACAGGGACUGCAUGCAUUUGAGACUCCAACCAUGGUGUCACUAAAGACUUUAUUCACUAAAUAGUAAAUUAUAAGACCAAUUACCUGGAAAAAUCUCAAAUUCAACUUAAAUUUUAAUGCUCUACAAUUCACUGUUCAAUGAAGAAGCCCUAAAAUGAGAGAGAGAGAGGGUGUGUGUGUGUGUGUGUGUGUGUGUGUGUGUGUGUGUGUGUGUAUGCGCGCGCACGCGCGUGCGUCUGUCUGAACAAAGAGAUUGAUAACAGACACAAAAAAAAAAAAGAAACACAAGUUUUGGAAGCUCUACCUGCAAGCCCACAAACUUCUAGAAUUUUUUUUAAAAAUGAGACAAAUUAAAAUGCAUAAAUACAGAGUCUUGGGUCAUGAGAUGAACGAACAGAUAGAGAUGGAAAAUAUUGGGGCAUGAAAAGAAUUAACAGAUAGAGAUGGAAACUCUUAGGGAUUGAGAAGAACAGGCAGAUAGAGAUGCAAAAUAUUGGGUCUUAAGAAGAACGAACAGGUGGAGGUGGAAAAUAUUGGGUCAUGAGAAGAAUGGAGAAAAGUGCUGAGGGAUAGAGAGUCGCAGGAAUGUGGGUCACACGCAGACUUUUGGACACACGAACAGCAAUGAAUUCAAAAAAGCAUGGUUUGUUAGUUGAAACUGGUUAGUCCAGCUCUUCUCAUGUGUCAGGAUCAUAAAAACCUUUAGUUUCAUAAACAUCGAAGAUGAAUGGAAAAUUACAUUUACAGAGAACCAGAUAACCUCCAUAACGUUCAAAUUUGUGUGCUUGCCAUUAGUAAUUUAUGUCUCUGACACCAUUUGCAACCAUUAUGGAUAUAGCUGAAAUACUGGACCUUGAUACCUGCUGUAAUCACACCUUUAAACGGCAGAAAACAGUUUGUUCUUUGGAGAAUCCGGCACAUAGUGUUAGAGCAGGACUUUCGUCUCAUGAACCAAAGCCUGAGAUUUAGGGUGUGACUAGUAAACGUAUUUUGAUAGUUGAAACAAAGUCUGUGAUGUCACAGAAAAUCAUUUGUCCAUUUUUUUGUAUGCGUUGUAUGAUGUUUACAGUAUUCUGUGCUUUCUCCACAGGAGCAGGACCUGCAGGAGGUGGAGAGAGAGCUGAGGAAAACUGCAGAGAGACUACAGCAGCUGCGCCAAGGUUGACCCUAAAGCUAGUGCUUAACCUUGCGUCUUCCUUGUCUGCUUUCCACUAUCCUGUGUACAUACAUAAUUUCUGAUCUUCCAAGGCUGGCUUUAUACUGUUAGAAUACAUGGAGCCAAUCCUCUUGUGGCUUAGCUUUGAGUGAGCUUCACAUAAAAUGUUUGGGCUCUAGCUGGGUAGAAGGGAAAAAACAAGUCCAAAUACCCCCAAAGCAUCUCAUUACAUGUGCUAAGACCCUGGGCUAGGUCGGCCUGUGACUGUCCUAGAAGGUGGCCAGCAGAACAUGUAGGGACGUCGGGCUGCAACCACAGACAUAGGAUCAUUGAAUAUCUUCUCUUGCUCCAAGUAGACUCUAUCCAGCACACAUUCCUUAGUUUGAGAAUUUUUAAAAUCUUUUAUUUGUUGUAAACUGGCUGCAUUGUUCUGUCUGGGGCAGCGGGCGGGAUGUUUUCUUGGUUCUGAAUACGGGGAAAGUUUUCCUACAUGUACAUUUCUAUAAUGUGAGGUCAUUUGCUCUCAGUAUUGUUUGCCGUAAUAACCAAUAAAAAAAACAAAAAACAAUGAACAUUUGAUAUCGGAGAACUGAUAAUGUGGAGGGAGUGGGGGACACAGAAAAAAAAGAGUUAUGCCUCCUUUUUCUCAAUUAAAAAGACCAUAUUAGCAUUGAUCUGUAAUCCCACCUGACCCUUCAUCAUGUCAGUUAGGUGAAAAGGCAUCGGCCAAUAAAGAGAAGCACACAAGUAAGUCCAAGGAUGGAGCUUAUGGAAGGAGAAAGCCAUAUUAUCCCCUGCAGCUCUUGCCUUGGAAGAUUAAUUUACCUACCAAUUCUGUCACCAGUCAUCCGAAAGGCUGGGGGUACACAAAUUAAAAUAGGGGGUAUCGGGGAGGCUCUUUUUAUAUGGAUCUGCUAAAGCCGAGUCUGCCACCCAGGAGUUUGAGGGAGCAGGUCCUCGCAGGAUCUGGGGAGCUUCUGCAGGGGGGUCUGGGGAUGGCUCCUUGGGAUCUUCAAGGAGUUUUUCAACAUGAGAGAGGAGCGCUGGAAAGAACUCGGGGACACCUUCAUAGCCUAGAAAAAAAAUAAAAAGGUUGAGGGAUCUAUCUUCUUUCCCAAAAAGAACCUGCCUUCACUACGGGGGUGCUGCUCCACCACAAACACUGCAUGCAGAAACAACAUAUUAGGAGAGAUAUUCGGCACUACUGGCACAUAUAUUGCUUUGGGUUAUAAGGACCAGGCUGAUAUCCAGAGGGACCGGGAAUAAUACAGAUUUAUUUUUCAAAAAUGUAAAAUUAUAUUUUUCACGAAAGUACGAAUUGUUGGGAAUUCAAAGUGAAUUUCAAUUUUAAGGACAAAAUAGUUGAACUGUAAAAAUUCUCUACGUCAGCUAUGCUUCCAUUUUGUCCAUUUUGGUUUUAAAUAUGAAAUUUGUGAAAUAGCCUCAAUAUUUGUUCUAUCCAGGGAGGACACAAGGCUCUGAACCAACAGAUUUCUUUAUUGUUCAAUUCCAAGUAAAGUUCCCCACCUAGUGGCCAAAAUCCACAAUGACAGCUUCAAGCUGUAUGUGCGGCUUAGACUUAUAAUUAAAAUUCAGUGUGCCUUUAGGAGAUUUUGCUAAACACUAAAUUGGUGGGCUUGUGGAACUCUUGGUUUGGGAACAUAAAUUAGGUUGACAUGGGGCAUAUAGUAAUAGACUGAGGGGUUCUCCAAAUAUUUGAGGUCAUUAUAUUGAACACCACGUGGCUCAUUAUUAUAAUUAUCCCAUCCUGAAUCAUCACCAUACGAAGUGGGAAUAUCCUUCAGCACACGCCUGGUAUUGUAAGCCACACAGAAGUUAUAAUCAAACCUCUUUUACCAAGCUGGGUUAUAUAAAUCCAAAUCCUCCGUGCCACCUAUUCACUUUCUACAGAGUUACUUUGUUACCUGUCUCCUCUGACAGUACUCCUUAUCUCCAGGAAAGACUUCUCUCUCAUCAUACCUGGAAAUGCAUUGACAUCAAUGACUGCGCAUCGGCCGCUCUGUGUAUCGACGAUAACAUCCACUCCGAAUAGCGACAUACCAAGGGCCUCCUGGAGGCUCUGUACCACUUUUUUCACUAUCGCUGCUGGUGGCGGGUGAACCUCUGGGCAUGGCAUCGCCUGGAAGGAGAGAAUGGUGGAUCACCGAUAUUGACCAAUAAGUGAAGCCUUGGCUUGGACAUAGAAGCCAUGGCAGCAGCUUACUGAACAUCAAGAAUUGUCGGGCAGUUGGCGGAGUGAGGACUCAGCUGCUUGGUCCAUUUACUAGUGUGACAGUGACUCACUUGUGAGAGGUGGGAACAGGACUCGGCCUUGGAAACCUCAUGACUGUUGAAGAAAAUGGUCUUUUCAUCUGGAAAGAAAAAUAAGGUUCCCUGGUCAUAAAUGGUAGCAAGGAGACUGUUACAAAAAUAAGACUCAAAUCACUUUCCCACAACAGGACAUUUCUUUUCAAUUCAAAAUUAUUUAAAAUGUCGCUCCUCUUCCCUUCUUUCAUAUUAAGAACUUUGCGCAGUGCGUUGCAUCGAGGGUUCACUUAUCUGUACAGAAUCUUCUAUAUUAUCAAUCGUAGUUUGAAACAUUUACCAAAAUCAAAUGUUACUAUUUCUAAAAUGGCAAAAUUUCAGGCAACCCUUCGUCAGAUUAGGUGGCAUUUUCAGCACAAGGGGUUUUAACAUUUUUGCUGAUCGAUAAAUAUAAUUACGCAGAGACUUGCAAUUCUACAUUACUUGUUUGGACACACUACGC